CGAGUUGAGUUACCUGCGCGCGUGCAGUACGUGAUUUACGGUCUCGCCGGCCGCCAACCAACCGUCGUCCGCGUGCGCGUGUUCGUGUGUGUUUGCGUGUGCGCGCGUGUUACGUGUGUGUGUAUGUGUGUGUGUGUGUGUGUGUGCGCGUGUCCAAAACUUUUGCGACCCAAUCGCACGAACUUCCGAUAUUCGCCCGUACGGGGCUGCGCGCAAAGUCCCGGCGACAACAAGUUUCGCGCACGCCGUACGUAAUAAAAAAAAAAAAAAAAAAUUAUAAAAAUACCGUUUUUUUUUCCUUCCUUCCUUCGUCUCGCUGCGUGUUCGUCCCGGUGCAGUGUUCGUGCGCGAUCACGGGUAUCCGAACCGUUGCGCGCCGGCAGUGUGCGCCGACGAUUUCUUACCCGCCCGGUCGUUUUGGAUUACUCACCUCGUCGCCGUCCGACAACACGAAUACGCCGAUAUCCCGGUUCAUGCGCUCGCCGAGUCAUGUGGAACAAAUCGUCGAGCGUAAAAACGUUCAAUCAACGUGAUUGUCAGUCAUCGUACAUUGCUGACGCUGUUUAAUGGAUAUCGACGCACAUGAUUCGGACAGACCAAGUCGGUGCACGAUGUACCAGAUUGUUUUGCCAUCUAGUUCCGCGUUCGCAUACAAGAAUUACCUACGCGUCAAUUCGGACGUUCGUAUUGCUGCAUUGAAAAUGUGAUUGAGAGUGACACGUCGUGAAAAUACUGUUUAAACAACAAAACCCAAUUUCGCAAUAUUAUGGACGUUGCGUCCAGUGAUUAUUUAAAGACUGCAUUGUAUUCGGGAGACAACGGCCCAGACACCGGUAACCGAGAUAGUCUUCGACUAAUGGAGCUUGGGCUUCAUCUGGAAACCCUUCACGAUGGAUCACACCGGAUCAACACGUCUGUGGAUCAUUUACUAAACGAUCCAACUCUAUCAGAGAGGAACAACAACGAAUUCGCGUUCGCCAACAACAACAACAACAACAACAACAACAACAACAACAACACCAACAACAAUAACAACAACAAUAAUAACGGUUUCGAAACGAUCAUCAGCAGCGACCACAGCUUCGACUUGGACUGCGCGCCCAGCUCGUUUCCCGACAAGUCCGACAUAGCGGACCAAUGGCGGACGUUGAACACGGACGGCGCCAUCUACACGGUAGAGGUCGUGAACAACUCGGACGGCGGUGCCGGCGAACCACUGUGGUGCAUGCCCGCGCUCACCGAACACCACCAGGACACCAACGCGGUGAACAACUUCGACGAGACGUUGCUGUCGAUGAACGGCACCGAGACCGCGGACCCGGUCGGCUCCAGCCGGUACAUCAAACAAGAGCCGUCGGACUACAUCAAACAGGAGUCCACCGAGUACACCGGAGACGAACUGCUCCGGAACGCUUUACUGGGCAAAACCAAUCAUAACCAUCACCAGAGGUACGGCGACAAGGAUGUCAAGCCAUUAGUGUCAACGGCGUCGGACAGCCAAAAUUCGUCUCCUGGACCGCAGUCGAUGCAAGAUGUCUCGUAUCCAUCAACGUCCUCCGUGGACAUGCAGGAUGUGCUGGCCACGACCAGCAACGGCAACGGCAUCAAUGGCAACACGAUCGUCAUGAUCGACGACGACAUGCCAUCGAUGUCACUACUGGUAGCCGGCGACGGGGCCUCCGCGCAGAACGUCGAUGAUCUCCUCUUGCCAGACUUUGACUUCCAAUACAUCGAUGGUCUGGACAGCGACAUGUCUCAGUCGUUCCAGCAGUACUGCCCCACUAGUCAGGGGUUCGUGUCCUUCAUCGCCGCCGAGGUGGCGAGCAUCUCGCAGAUCCCGACCACGGUGGUGCUGGACCACCGGGAACCGGAACAGGUGUCCACGUCGUCAUCGUCGUCGCCCAUCCGGCCGGCCAAGAAGUACAACCGGGUUGCGGUAUCUGCGAUAUUUAAAAAUCUAACUGGACGUCUCAAGUCGGUAAGAACACCUGAAAUCAUUGUUGAAGUGAGAACAUCAAUAAAACAGUUUCCAUCGCGUUCAGCUAGGAAACAUGCUUCUGGUUUUGGAAUAUCGGAUCGAUCGUUGAAUUUAGCAGAUUGGGUAAAACGUAAAAGUUGCUGUAACAUGGUAUUGAGUGGAGUAGUAUCGAAGCACAUUUCCACAUUUUUGGAAAGGUAA